CGAAAAAAGACCCCUUCGAAGAGGUCCCGGACCGGUUGUCGCACCUGCCGAGCUCGUCGGGUCAAGUGUGACGAAUUCCCCGGGGCCUGUAAGAACUGCAGCAGCACAGGCCGGGUGUGUGGAUAUGACACCCACCGGCCCCCUCCGGGCGUCAGCCCCGGUGGCUCGCUCCGUGCCGAACUCACCCACAAGCCCCAGUGGAUCAUGACCUCGGACGAACAAAGGUGCCUCUCCUUCUUCCAACAUCGGUCGCUUCCACACCUGGUGGGUUUCUUCGAUUCGCCGCUCUGGCAGAACCUGAUUCACCGGUUGUCCUACGCGGAGCCCGCCGUGUAUCAUGCGCUCGUCGCGCUCGGUGCCGUCAGCCAGGCCAACAACAUCAAAGGUCACCUUCCCCGACCGGGAGAAAAGAAGGAUCUGCAGAAUAUCUGGUAUCGAUUCGCACUGGAACAGUCCGGACGGUCAAUGGCCCUCCUCAUCAAGCGACGCACGUCGCAGGACCCCCAAUUGCAGCAGGUCGUUCUGGUCUGCUGCUUGCUCUUCAUCGUGGCGGAGUUACGAUACGGCAACUUUGAUCGCGCAUCUGUUCAUCUCCAAAGCGGGCUCCGGAUCCUACAAUCGAUGAACAUUCAGCGACAGCCGUCGGGGCUGGAGAUCCCGUCCGGCGCCGUAGACGAAUGUAUCGUGGAGUCGUUCCUAGCUCUGCAGGCCGGAUCCAGGUAUUACUGCGCGGUCGCGCCGUUGCGCUGCGAUAGCGACUUUAUCUACACCCAGCCCUACGACAGCUACCUGUGCCCCUUCGAAAACAUACGGCAGGCACGGCAGCUUUGGCGCCCUCUGGAACAGACGGUCUUUGAAUUUAUGGCGACCGGUAUGAAGACGUUCGGGCCCCAAAUGGAGGCAAACUACGACACCGUCCACCGCCAGCAGCUCCAACUACUCUACUACGUGACCCGAUACCUGCAACAAUUUGACACUUUUUGCCUCGCCAGAUACGGCACAACCUCUUUCAUGUCUUCCAAUCCCGCCCGGUACAAAGAACAACGCGAGGCGGAACUGAUCCGACUCAGUUGCCUCACGGCGUUGUUAGGGGUCAAAGUGGCCGUGUACAGCCCCGUUCGCCCGCCCGCGCAUGGGUACGUCCGCGAGCGUCUGGCUCUGCUGGCGGCCGCUGAAACGGCCAUGGACAAGUUCGACAAGGACCCUCCCACCUUUACCGAACACAGCCUCAUGGCACCGAGUCUGUAUACGGCUGCAUGGGGGUCCCCGGACUACUUUAUCUACUGCCGGGCAAUUGAUCUGCUUCAACGCUGGGGAUCGGUGGAAGGGUUCUUGAGUGCGUCGUUGAAUGCCGAUCUUCUCAAUGAAGUCCUCAAGGAGCUGGUCCUG